AUCGCUUGGAUCGCUUGGAUCGCAUCACACCGGUCAAGCCAGUUCGCAUCGCGAUCGCCUGAAGCCUCUGCCCGCUGCCUCCGCUGGGCCCCCUUCCUCCGUCAUCUUGGUCUCUACCUCGACACACCUCGCGCUCGAACAAUGCUACGCAUCCAGCCCAUUGCACAACGAUCGCUUGCCAAGCGACUCGCCCUCAAUGUCGGCCUCCGGGCGCCCAUGCGGGCCAACGCUACUGUCACCGCCGCCGCGACUUCAACACCGCUGGAAUCGACCCCUGCAAGUGCCGGCACGAUCGAUCUGGCUCAGCUGGUCCCGAAAAAGACGGUGCAUGUGCCGUCGCCCAUGGCCGACUUUUAUGCCCACGCCGAGCAGAGCCACAACAAUGCCACGGGCGAGCUUUCGAUCAAGACGCUAAUGGCCGCCAACGUCCAUCUGGGCCACUCUGUGUCAUCCUGGAACCGCGACAUGCUGCCUUACAUUUACGGCGAGCGCAACGGCAUCCAUAUCAUCAAUCUGGAGCACACCCUCUCGCAUCUGCGACGAGCGGUCAACGUCACCCGCGAGGUCGCCCGAAACGGCGGCAAGAUCGUCUUUGUCGGCACCCGGCCCUCGAUUCACAGACUCACUGUCGAUGCGGCACUGAAGGGCCAUGCCUACUUCAUGGUCGAGUGGGUGGGCGGAACGAUCACAAACAAAGAACGGGUGCUCAAGCGAAGUGUUGGCUUUGAUCCCGACAAGAUGGGCCAGGUUCAAUCCGAAGGUGCCGGCCGAGGCCGCCGAGCCAAGAAGAACGUCGAGGUUCCCGAGAGCGAUGCCGGCCUGGUUUCGGUUCAACAGCCCGAUGUCUCGAAACCGGAUCUGCUGGUGCUCCUGGAUCUUCCCAACAACAUCUGGGCUGCCCGCGAAGCCAACCAGCACCACAUUCCGGUCAUUGCCAUCUGCGACACGGACUGCAGCCCCAAGCUAGUGACCUAUCCCAUCCCCGGCAACGAUGACGCCAAAACCUCUGUCAAGCUGAUCGCGGGUGUUCUGAGUCUGGCAGCAAAGGAGGGACACGAUCUGCGACAGGCUGCCGUCCAGCAGGAGCAAUACAGCAAGUUCGAUGGCGCCGGGGCGCAACCAUGAGGUCAUUCGUGAUGAGGGUCACCACGGGCAACUGCAUCGUCGCCACGGACACAAUAAACCAGUGGAAAUUCUGCUCA